AUGCCUGCAAAAAUUGUAUACGGAAAGAAGAGGAACGGAGAGCGGGCGGCAUUUACAAAAUUCCUGUCUCCCGAGAAAGAGGCUGCCCACAGAGAAGUCGAGGACAAAAAUGUGACUAGCGGCACAGCACGUGAUCGGCGGCGGUCAACACAAAUAGAAAGAGACGAUAUCUCGGUGUUGGAGCAGGGAUUGGGGAAACUACGGAUAGAGCAGACACAGCCUACGGAAGAUGAGGGUACCUCACGGAAACGAUCACAAUCACGGAAAGCGAAACCUGAGCGCAUUGAAGUUACUACGAAAGAGAAUGUUGUCCCGUUUGAGGAUGUGUUGGAACAAGACAUGCAAGCUCUAUCAAUCAAAGCCCCGAAGGAGGACGAGUCCAAGCUACUCAAGGAGCCACGUAAACCCCGAAAGGUACUAAGCGACCGCAACAUCAACGCCAUGAACAAUGCCCACGAACUAGACCGAUCAACCCUGAAACCGAAGAAAGAGAAGAAACGUGUGGUGCCUAUUGCGGUGGCCCAAGACGUUGUUGCCACACCUAUAAUAACUCCAGUACAGAUAGAUCCAGUUCGUUCAAAACAAGCGUCGAUACAACGAGCAACAUGCUUACCUACGCCUGAGCCGACACCGGAGCCUGAAGAUGUCUACACCUCUUAUGCCUCCCCGCUGCUGGCGCUCAGCGAUAGAAAGAAGGUGAUAGGGUUUCAGGAGUGGUCAGACGAGCUGGCACCGCACUUUGAAGUCACCAAGAUUGCAGAAGCUUCCUUCUCGGAGGUAUACAGGCUGUCUGCGAUAUCGCCCGCAAAUGGAGUCAAAGAGGAGUCAGUGCUCAAAGUCGUAGCGCUGAAGACGCCACCAGCUGUUCCCCUACCAAGCCAAUUGCAUGUUCGUGCAGUUCGCGAUAGAGAGGCUCAACUGGAGAAAGAGAUGGAACAACGUGAACAGGACGAUGCCUACAAAUCACAGGUUGAUGAUGUUGCUUCGGAGGUUAAGCUCCUCCAGAAUCUCACUCACAUACCUGGUUUUACCGUCUUCCGCGACCUUACGAUUGUGCAAGGUAGACCUUCGGCUUCCUUCAACGACGCAUGGAAGGAAUGGAAUAAGGCGCGGCCACGUGGCAAGAAGAGCGAAUUUCCUGACCCCAGCAAGAAGGCUAGCUAUGAUGAGUUCCAGCUCUGGGCAGUAGUAGAGAUGCAAGACGCUGGUACGGAUGUCGAGAAGCUCAUGGAGACGGGAGGCAUGUCUUCGAUAUGGGAAGCCUGGGAUGUCUUCUGGGGCGUGGCGAUUAGUGUUGGAAAAGCAGAAGAGGCAUGUCGAUUCGAGCAUCGUGACUUGCACCUCGGUAACAUUUGCGUUCGAUCUUCACGCACAGGUGGGGACGUAACGAAGCCCUCUAUCAAAGAUCCUCUGCGCCGCAAACUCCGUUUCGCUGGUCUGGAUACAACGGUCAUUGACUACACCUUGUCACGCGCAGAUAUCCUUGCUUCCUCGUCCCAGUCUCGAAGGAUAUCAGCUAUGUCGCACGUCUCAAGCUCCACAGCCGCGUCUGCAAAUGAGGAAACGGCCAAUGUCGCUUAUCUGGAUCUCAAUAAGGAUCUCGCGCUCUUUCACGGCGACGCAAGUGAGGAAUACCAGUACGAAAUAUACCGUUACAUGCGCGGUGUGGCGGUCUUCGAUAACCCACUACAUGUUAUAUACGAUGAAUCGUUCGAUGCACCCGAAGAGGAACAAGAAGAGGAGGAACCAGAGCAAGUGCCCGUCACGCCUCGACACACACCUAGGAAGAACAACCACAUUCGCUUCGACUCGGAAGACGAGGAGCCAUCAGCGCUCCGAAGGUCGCCUAGGAAGCACAAGGACGUGGCUGCACCUGACAUUGAGCAAAGUCCAAAAGCAGAGGAGGAGCAGCCUGAAGAAGACGACGCCGACGUUUGGCGCGAUUUCCAUCCCAAAACAAAUCUCGUCUGGUUGCACUUCCUCCUCCACAAACUAAUGAAUCACCUUGCUGCUAUCUCUUCAGCACCACACCACGUCUCCUCCCGUCCCAUUAUUUCCAAACGCGAUGAGGUAGAUACGAAGAAAGUUGAGAAGAAGGCUAUGAGGCUGUACAAGGUCUUGCAGAGGGUCAGUGAGCUACUAUGUCCUGUCGCGCUGGGUAGAGAAGAGGGGUUGGGUAGUGCGAAGGAGUUGGUAGUGCUUGCGUUGGAAGAGCGGUGGAUUAGGGUUGAGGAUGUGGAGGGUUGA